UUUUUUACGUUAUAGGAGGCCAUCCUUGUCCAUUUCCUUAAAUCCAAGUCCUAUUUCGUCUUGCCCGCUGCAUGGAAAUGAAUGUGAACUCUGUCAUGUUAAAUAGAUUUAGUCGUUCAGUUACAUCCAGACCAGGAUUUACUAAUUAAGAUUGGGAUGAGACCUUGUUUAAGAAACUUUUUAUUUUAUAUUCUUUUUGUUCAAAUCCAACGACUUGACCACUUCAGACUCAGUGCUGUAUAUUCCUGCAUGCACAUAUUUCCUAUGUUACAUCUUAACCGAAUGGAUAAAUAGAUUAUGACAAGACUGAUUUAACCUUUUUGUGGAUUACAGCAUCACUGAGCCAAAUAUUUGAUUUCAGGUUGUGUUUCAGGUUGAUCACCUCCCUGAGCGCAGCUUUUUAUUGAUACAUUGUGAUACUAUUUAUGUUUGGUGGUUACCGCCUACUUAGAGCACAGUUUUUAGCUCAGCUGCAGGUUAGAGGGUAAAAAAGAUUAAAUUAAGUAAAAGUGGUUUGGUUUUGGUUAUUUUACUUCUGUGACGAUAUGCAGUGCUUGUGUAAAACAGCCGCUAGGGUUUGCCAUGCCACGGAUAUGUCGUCCACCGGUUUACGGAGUGGAUGAGGCGGUCUCUAGCCUCAGUCGGGACUGGCCGUGUAGGCUGGAGCCAUAACCAUCAGCCAGCCAAGCGGGGACUGGGGGGGCUAUACGCUGUGGAGCCCAUCCCCACUGUGCCGCGACAUGCUACAUCCUCUAUGCGUUUACCAGCCCACACACACUCCAGAAAACACAGCCGCCCUCAUCACAGAGACAGUGAGAGAUGACAGCGAGGAGAGACGCUUCUCAGCCGCUGAGCAGCUCUCGCCUCCAGGAGAGGAAGGGAGCGGCGCACCGGGCGAAGGCUAACCCCGACUGGUUUUAUCCCUCCCCUCGACAGGAGCCGGAGAAAGGGCCGGCGUCCGCGGCGGGAAUCCAUGCCCAUGUGGUGGGCGCUGUCGCCAGCUCCGGAGCUGCGGACGAGUCCUCUGACAGCGAGGCAGAGCAGGAGGGCCCCCAGAAACUCAUCCGGAAAGUGUCCACCUCAGGACAGAUCAGGAGCAAGACGAGCAUAAAGGAGGGAUUGUUGUUGAAACAGACCAGCUCGUUCCAGAGGUGGAAAAAGCGCUACUUCAAACUGAGAGGCCGAACUCUCUACUACGCCAAAGAUGCCAAGUCGGGCAGUGCUUUGGCACGCUGGCAGGAGCGGGCGCUGCGCAGAGUGUCCAGGAGUCGCGUGUGUUGGCGAGUUCUGUCCGUGUGCUGGACGGGUGCACGACGCUCCCCCCCACCUCUGGGUGCCAGCGGAUCUGAGGAAGGCCUAGUGAGAAUCCGGUCCCUUAUCUUUGACGAGGUGGACCUAUCGGAUGCCAGUGUUGCAGAGUCCAGCACAAAGAAUGUCAACAACAGCUUCACAGUGAUCACUCCAUUCCGUAGGCUCAUCCUCUGUGCUGAGAACAGGAAAGAGAUGGAGGACUGGAUCAGUUCGCUGAAGUCCGUCCAGUCCAGAGAGCAUUACGAGACGGCACAGUUUAAUGUGGAACAUUUCUCAGGGAUGCACAACUGGUACGCCUGCUCCCAUGCACGGCCCACCUUUUGCAACGUCUGUAAAGAUAGCUUGUCGGGUGUCACGUCUCAUGGCCUCUCUUGUGAAGUGUGCAAAUUCAAAGCCCACAAACGCUGUGCUGUCAGAGCCACUAACAACUGUAAAUGGACGACCCUGGCUUCCAUAGGGAAGGAUAUCAUUGAAGAUGAGGAUGGGAUCGCUAUGCCUCACCAGUGGUUGGAAGGCAACCUGCCCGUCAGUGCCAAGUGUGCUGUGUGUGAUAAGACAUGUGGCAGCGUACUGAGACUGCAGGACUGGCGCUGCCUCUGGUGCAAAGCUAUGGUGCACACAGCCUGUAUGGACCUGUACCCUCGCAAGUGUCCUCUAGGUCAGUGCAAAGUCUCCAUCAUUCCCCCUACGGCACUCAACAGCAUUGACUCAGACGGCUUCUGGAAAGCCACCUGUCCUCCAUCAUGUGCCAGUCCCCUCUUGGUUUUUGUUAACUCCAAAAGUGGCGACAACCAGGGAGUGAAAUUCCUGCGACGUUUCAAGCAGCUCCUCAACCCGGCUCAAGUCUUUGACCUGGUCAAUGGUGGGCCGCACCUUGGUCUGCGCCUGUUUCAAAAGUUCGACAACUUCCGGAUCCUGGUGUGCGGAGGCGAUGGCAGUGUGGGCUGGGUCCUCUCAGAGAUUGACAAACUCAAUCUACACAAACAGUGCCAGCUGGGGGUGUUGCCGUUGGGCACUGGCAAUGAUCUGGCGCGGGUGCUGGGCUGGGGCCCAUCAUGUGAUGAUGACACCCAGCUGCCCCAGAUCCUGGAGAAGUUAGAGAGGGCCAGCACCAAGAUGCUGGACCGCUGGAGCAUCAUGACCUACGAGAUUAAGAUCCCACCUAAACACAGCUGCCCCACCACGCCUGAGGGAGCUGACGACUGCCAGUUUCACAUUUCUGCCUAUGAAGACUCAGUCGCUGCCCACCUCACAAAGAUCCUCAACUCUGAGCAGCACUCUGUGGUCAUCUCCUCUGCCAAGAUCCUGUGUGAAACAGUGAAGGAUUUUGUUGCCAAAGUGGGAAAAGCCUAUGAAAAAAGCACAGAGAACGCAGAGGAGUGCGACACAAUGUCUCUCAAAUGUGCCAUCCUGAAUGAGAAACUGGACUCCCUCCUCCAGACCCUCAACACAGAGGCUCUACCUCCACUCCCCCACUCCACCCCUCCUAUUGUAGAGGAGGAGCAGGAGGAGGAAGAGGAGGAGGAGGAAGCCAGCGAAGAGAGCCUGACAGAGCUGAAGGAGAAGCUGGAGGAGGAGGAGACGGAGAAAGGAGGAGGAAGUUCACCACACCAGCUGUUCAAAAGCAGGGAGCAGCUGAUGCUCAGGGCCAACAGUCUGAAGAAAGCUGUGCGACAGAUCAUAGAACAGGCUGAGAGAGUGGUUGAUGAGCAGAAUGCUCAUACAGAGGAGACCGAGCUACCAUCUCCACUUGAGUUCAGGAAGGACAGCGAGGAAGAGAACAGGGACAGUGAGAAAGAUGAGGACACCAAGGAACUGGAAGCAGUGCCAUCCGCUAAGAGUCCCUGUUCUCCUACGGAGAGGAGAGUGAGCCGCAGCACCCAGUCCUAUGGCUCCUUCACCAUCACCCCAUUCACCACCAGCAAGGAGAACCUUCCUGUACUCAACACACGCAUCAUCUGCCCUGGCUUGCGGGCAGGUCUGGCUGCCUCCAUCGCUGGUAGCUCCAUCAUUAGCAAGAUGCUGCUGGCCAACAUCGACCCCUUUGGUGCCACACCCUUCAUCGACCCUGACCUGGAUUCACUAGAGGGCUACAUGGAGAAGUGUGUGAUGAACAACUACUUUGGCAUUGGCCUGGACGCCAAGAUCUCCCUGGAGUUCAACAACAAGCGAGAAGAGCAUCCAGAGAAAUGCAGGAGUCGUACCAAGAACAUGAUGUGGUAUGGUGUUUUGGGCACAAAGGAGCUUCUGCAGAGAACCUACAAGAAUCUGGAGCAGAAGGUCCAGCUAGAGUGUGAUGGCCAGUACAUCCCCCUGCCCAGCCUUCAGGGUAUCGCAGUGUUAAACAUUCCUAGCUAUGCAGGCGGGACCAAUUUCUGGGGUGGUACCAAGGAGGAUGAUAUUUUCUGUGCCCCAUCAUUUGAUGAUAAGAUCCUGGAAGUUGUGGCUGUGUUUGGGAGUAUGCAGAUGGCAGUCUCCAGAGUCAUCAAACUGCAACACCACCGCAUUGCACAGUGUCGAACAGUGAAGAUUACCAUCCUGGGUGAUGAGGGCGUUCCCAUUCAGGUGGAUGGUGAGGCCUGGAUCCAACCACCUGGAGUCAUUAAAAUCCAGCACAAGAACAGGGCUCAGAUGCUCACCAGAGACCGGGCAUUUGAGAACACGUUGAAGUCAUGGGAGGACAAGUUGAAGUAUGAUAAGCCUCCUCUGCGGCCUCACCUCUACCCACAGCAGUCUGUGGAUCUGGCUACAGAGGAGGAGGCCGCCCUGGUGCAGAUGUGCGCCCGAGCUGCAGAGGAGCUCAUUACAAGGAUAUGUGAAGCUGCAAAGACCAAUGGGCUUUUAGAACAGGAGCUGGCUCAUGCUGUUAAUGCCGCAUCUCACGCCAUCAACAAAACACACCCAAAGUUUCCAGAGAGUCUGACUAGGAACACAGCUAUAGAGGUGGCCAGCACUGUCAAGGCUCUGUACAAUGAGACCGAGUCUCUACUGUUGGGCAGAGUCUCUUUGCAACUGGACCCACCAGAGGAGGAGCAGCUGUCCAGUGCUCUGCAGAGUGUGGAGUUGGAACUGGCCAAACUGGGAGAGAUCCCCUGGCUCUACCAUAUACUACAGCCUAACGAUGAGGAGGUUGACUGUGCUUAUGUACCAGGAACACUCACUGGGUUACGGCAAGAGGAACAGUCGCAGCAGCAUGUUUCGCAUUGUCCCCAAGUUCAAGAAAGAGAAGGCUGCCAAGAAGACGAGCCCUCAGUCAGUGGAGAGAUGGGGCACAGAAGAGGUGGGCAUCUGGCUGGAACAGCUGAGUCUGGGGGAGUACAGAGACACCUUCACCCGACACGACAUUCGAGGCUCGGAGCUGCUGCACCUGGAGAGGAGGGACCUGAAGGAUCUGGGGAUAUCGAAAGUGGGUCAUAUGAAGAGAAUUCUCCAGGGAACUAAAGACCUGGCCAAGGCCUCCAUGGUUGACCUCUAACCCAGGAGCAGACGCUACCAGAGAGGGGAAACAAAACAUUCCCCUUGCAUCAGUGGAAGAGUUUGGGAGCACCGUAGGCAGUGAAGGAGAGAAUAGUUAUUUGAGGAGAGCUGGAUUUUAUCGUUCCGCUGAGACAGCCUUUGAGAUGUUGUGAACAAGAUACAUUAGUGUGUUUGCUUGUGCUUUGGUGCCAAAAUGACAGUCAAGAAAGCUGAUGGAAGUGCAAAAGGAAGUCAUGGAUCUUCAGAAAAAAAGCCAUUUCUAAGUUAAUAACCAUUCCUAGCACACAAUCAGGUAUGCAACUAACCAUACUGUUGACAGUAACAUGUUGUCUGAGUUAUGAUAACAAACUAGUAGCAAAACCAGGACUUCCAUGAAUAUGGGAUUUAGCUUCAGUUGAGUGCAGUGGUGUGUGAAAACAUGAUGUUUGCUGGAUCUCUGCCUCAUUGUAGAGCUGCAGAUGCAUUAAAGCAGCCUUUGGGUUUCAGUAGAGACAGAAAACAUCACAGUCUAGGUGGAAAUCUGGAAGGUGUGGUUUCUGAAAACAGUGGGAUACUGUCGCAUGCUAUGCUAGCUCAACUUUAGAUAUGUUUAAUUGCAUGAUUAGUGUGUUGAUUUAUUUUGUGUGCAAAAUAACACUUGAACAAGUUUUACAUGACUUAAGUAUUAUGAUGCCAUUUGUUACUACUGAAAGCAUCCUUUUUGGUCUAAAUCAAACUUUUUUUCUAGCUUUAAUUUAUUUUGUUUGCAUGAUAAUGAUGUGUCACUGAUUUGUGUCAAGUGCCAUAUUUUCAGUCAUUUAGUGUAAAAUGUGCUUUAUUGGUAGACAUCAUAAGAAGUUUUAAAAAACAUGUUGAUGAGGUAUGAAUAUGUGGAAUUAAUAUCCGUAAGUUGACACGUUCUCUGUGGAUGUGAAAAUCAGUACCAAAGUGAAUGUCUAAGAAAACAUGAUCAUCUGACAACUUUGUUCAGAACGCAACUCUUUCUUUAAUAGGCCAGUAGGUCUUAGGUCUUAAUUCCAUUUAAGGUGGAAAAAAAAGAUUAGUAUUAGUCAGGAAGAACGUUAAAUUGUUGGUCUGAAGCCAACCACUUAUACUGUAGGGUUGUUGAGUUUUUUUAAGGAAUUCUUAAAAGGCACUUUUUACUUCUUGCUUUAUGCAAGUGCAAAUCCUCAUAUCAUUACAUAGAAUUAACAGUUCACCUCAACUUUAUAACUUUUGGCAAUUUAACACAGUAUUUAACACUAAUGAGAAUAGGAGCUAGAUAUUGAUUUUGAAUAUAUAAAAUAGAGAAGCUGAUCGGCAGCCUGCAUUGCAUUGUUCAAGUGCAGCUUUUUUUUUUUUUCUUCAAACCACAAGUGAGAUGUUGAUAGAACACUACUUUUACUCGAUAGUUUCUUUUAAGACUGGUGGCAUUACAGGGUAUAUUUCUAUAUGUGAUGCUAAGUUAGUAUAUAUAUAUAUAUAUAUAUAUAUAUAUAUAUAUAUAUAUAUAUAGACACACUGUAUAUAUAGUAUACCAGUGUAUGCAAACAAUGUUUGUAGUGUUGUAGUCUAAUGCAUUUGUAGAUUGCUGACAUGGCAUGCAUUGUCAACAGCUUACACAUUUGAUUGUGUAUAUUACACCAUAACAAUUGUGUAUAGUUGAUUUUGUUCUAAUCUCUUGUACAUGAUAAUGCUGUUGUAUUCUAAUGAUGGUGCAAUAUUUUAUCUCUUGUUUUGAUACUGUCUCUGCAGCUUUCUGACAUGAUGUUUCUCAGUGGGAAAAAAAACCUUGAAAGAGUUUUUGUACAUGUUCUCCUCCUCCUCAAGGUUUGAGGAUUAGAUUUUAAAAGUUAGACCCAUAGACAGACUGCUUUUUCUUACGGACUCCAAAUUUCUUCCAGCGGUUCACUAGUUUGUAGUUUUGCUCCUCUGUGCUUCCAAGAUGAUACACUAAAGCGGGACAAUAUUUUCCUCUGAAAUGUCAAUGAAUGAGUAGAAUGGGCAGACAUGACUGUUGUGUUAAUAUGUAAUAAGUAUCGCAAUGUAUUUGCGUGCAUUUGGGUGUGUGUACUACAGCAGUGGCAUAUUUUACCUUAUCAGCAAUUGUAUACUUAUCAUUGCCAACUAAUUUUACCAUGUAAUUUCAACUCUGAUAAUUUAAUUGCCCCUUCACCACGAUUUUGGAGAACAAUUUGUUGCUUGCAUGUUGGUUUAUUUUUCCCUUAUGUUAAGAAGUAGUGUAAAGGCUUUUUAAAACUGAAUUUUGAAUGCUGAAAUUUGACAAGACGCACAAGUUUUCAACCUUUAGCAUUCAUCAAAGUAUCCUAAAUAAUAGUAGAAUGUGAGUGCAGCAGAGGCUGCAUUGUGAGUAGUCAUGUAUUGCCCCUAAUAUCCCAGCAGAGGGCAAUCUAUCAUAUCUCACGUCUCUACAGUCCCUGAUUCACAUCAAUGUCAAAUAACAUGAUUUUACAGUUGCUUACAAUCAGUUGAGUAAAUACCACUAUAUUCAGUGUCUCACACAUUGACAUGCAGAAAUCAGUGAGCCUAUACUAAAUUCCAAUCCAAGAUAAUUUUUUUCAUGUAUCCACUAUUGUUCAUCCUGCAACUCACAGCCAAAGAUAGGUUAUUAAGUAUAAAUCACUAAUUUAUAUAUAACAUAGACUUAGACUAGAUCUCAUUUCCCCAGACAGAACCACGCCUUUUAUUUAUUUAGUAGAUCUAGAUUCAUUGUUAACUAUUUGAUAACAGUUGGCCUUUUCCAAGCCACAAAGUCUGGAUAUAGGUUUUGCCUAAAUUGAAGCCUUUCUGUUAGUAUGUGCUUUAUAGAAGCAGUAUAUUAGAACUGCUGUGCGCUGCCUUGUCGCUGCAGUGCUCAUCAGUUUUGGCCUCUCAUCCAUUUAAUCUCCAUCAUACCAGUCACCAAACUGAACUCACUGAUACUGUUUCAGUUCUUGGGCUGUGUCUGUCUAUGUUUAUGGUAUCCGUGUGUCCAAAGUGUCUGCCGGGUUCUGUAAAUCUCAAGUGUUUUGGCCUCAGACUCCAGGCAAAAUAAUGCUUGACCUUUCCACGCAAAGUGGAAGUCGCCACCUUUCUCCCUUGCUACAUUUUCCAGUGGUCUGUAAAUAAUGCUGCAAACUGCCUGGUUUUCAAAAACCAACGAAACCCAUGCAAGGAUCUCUAAAAGACAGGUUAACACAUAGUCUUUGACAGGGUUCCUAAAGUAAUGGGAGAAAAGUGAAUUUCAUUUGUUUACAUUAUGUUUACAAUGGCACAGUUUUAAUUUUUAAGAAUAUAUAUGUAGGUAUAAACAUUUGCAUAUUUAUUGCUAAGGUUAAAUGAUAUGAUGUGUUUUGUGUUUUCACAUUUGGAAUAUAAUGUUACGGUUGUCACCUGUAUUACUAUCUGGAUGAUUUGGUAAAGUAGUUGAUCAUUUUUAUGACUACUAAGUGACUGUUUUCUGUGCCUUUUUAUGGUUAGAAUGCAUGGUUAACUAUUUAUUACAAUUUGGAGUCACUGAGAUGUGUAUUUUUGUAUUCUGAAUAAAUAAAUGGUUCAGCUUUUGUUGUACAUUUUUAAGGUGCCUUAAAACAGGCUACCUAUUCAUAUCUCUCUUCUUCAAUAAAACCAAAUACAUAUGCA